AUGAGCACAGAUUGUCCGAGCGAAAACGUCAUUUGCGAUCUGCUUGCAAAAGAUUACCACCACCAAGGUCCGGAAGGUCUGUCUCGUCAGGGAGGUGGCCCCCAUAGCUCGUUUGAUUUUGAUAGGCUGGGAGACAAUUUUGGUGGGAUAAACCAUAGUGCAGCCAAGCCUGAGGACGUUAGUGAUGGCUCUCAUAUGGGACAAUCCCUUUUUCCUGGGCUAGGAGAGUGGAGGAUGGACAGUGUAUCUUCAGUGACACCUCCAAUGUCGCACUCGCCAGAGGACUCACAAGAGAGUGGUUCUAGUAAAGGUCAUACCAAGCCAAACACACAGCAGCAUAACGGAUCAGAACGUGGUUACGCUCCUGAAGAGACUCUUACAGAGCAGGAGAUUUUGGCUCGUAAAAAGGCUCAGAAUAGAGCAGCACAGAAGGCAUUUAGAGAACGCAAAGAAGCAAAGUUGAAAGAGCUAGAAUCAAAGUUGUUGUCGAGUGAACGCGAUAAAAAAGCGCUUCUUAGAGAGCUCGAGGACCUGAAAAAACUAAAUCUCGAGAUCGCCACCGAAAAUCGUCUUUUGAGCAAGACCGAACAGCGCUCUUCUCCCGAUGUGCGCGCUGAAACGGUCAAGUACCAUUUUCCUUCUCGUAAACACUUUAUCGAAGUAACGAGCGGUGACCACAAGAUUGACCUUAAUGAACCUAUGCCGCUCUCGUCCUACGAGCACUUCGGACAGAGAUUGCUGACUUUACCAGCCACCUGGGAAUAUCUCCAUGAGCUUUCUAAAAGCGAGGAUUUUGACGUUUAUUUCGUCAUGGAGAACUUGCGAGGCAACGAGGUGUGUCACGGCUAUGGUCCGGCGUACCCACAGGAUGUUAUCGAUAACAUAGUGCGGAAUUGCCCUUAA